AUGCUGACAGCAGAACACCUUGGCGAACCCGCUUUGGCCCAGCGCAUAGACGCAGUUGCAGCCCGCGUGGCGCGCAACGGCUUCCAGGUGGUUGAUCUGGAGUCGCGACCGCCUGCCGCGGGGGACGCGCUCUUUCACCAGGUGUCCUUCUGCAAUCAUUGCUGUGCUGGGCUCUCGAACGCCACUUGGACCUGGAGCGCCUCCAAGGGCCUGGUGCUGCGGGCGACGCGCGGGGUGAGCUGCGGGGAGGAGCUGACCAUCAGCUACAUCGGAAAGCCCUGGUGUGAUCUUGCGCGCCCUGCACGGCGAAGAUAUCUGAAGCAAAACUUCAACUUCGUCUGCCUCUGCAAGGCUUGCGUAAAUCCGGAUGCAGCCAAAGGUGUUGCGGCGGCUUUGCAGGCUCCCAAAGCCAACAAGCUCCAGGGCCUCUUGCUCAAAUGGCUCACCGAGGCGCCCGCCGAGGCUGAUGUGGCCGAGGAGCAGGUCCAGGCAGACGAUGCCAAGGAGCCAGAGCCGGAGGUUCCCAAGGCCUCGAAGGCCCCGCAGAGUGAGGAGGAGCGCUUGGAGCGACUGCUCCAGAGGGCCCGGGCCGAGGGCUUGAGCGCCUUCGGUUCGGAGGCCGCCAUCUCGGCACUUCGCGCCGAGGAGGGCCACGUGGGCAAAGCGCUGAUCCGCCUGAGGAGGCAGUGCAAAGAGGCCGCGGACGCCGGCACCACAACCGGCUGCAGGGGCGGCUAUGCAGAGAGAAAAGAGGCGGUAGCUCCUGGAGUGGUGGAUUCUCCCUGCAUGAUUGAGAAGAAGGGCUCUUCUCUCUUGGGAGGUGCUUUGGCUACUGGUGCUCUGCCUCGCCUGGGCUCGGGGUGCGUCCAGGGAGGCCCUCACGCCCGCGCACUCCCGCUGUCCGGCAUUGUGGCCUUCGUCUUGGAUUCCCUGCCUCGCCAGGCCAAGCAGCCCUACUACGAGGUGCUGGAAGUCCCGAAGGAUGCUGACCUUCGGAAGAAGGGCCUUCAGCGGCAGGCAUACCGAGAGAAGGCCUUGGUUUGGCAUCCGGACAAGAAUCCGGACAAUCGAGAGGCGGGCUGCUUGCAUGACAUCAUCUGCGUCGACACAUGA